AUGCUUCACCAAGCUCUGCCUCUUACCAGGCAAGUGGUCCGAAGGCCGAUUUGCCCCAGAUCUAGGACUCAAUGGCCCGGAACGCGUCUGAACCAGAUCAUUCUCCAGAGGUCCUUUGCGAAUAGAAGAAACAUAGACACAAACACAAAGCCUAGCAUACACGAUUCCGACGCUAUCGUUCUUCCUGGAACACAGAGCACCACUGCAACCAAACCCCAACCUCCUCCACCUGGGCCUGUACUAUCCGCCUCCCCUGCGCAACCUUCACCGCCUACACCUACCUCUGACGCUUCGGUACCACCUCAAAAUGUUCCUCUUAUGCCUCCAACCCCGCCUGGAGGCAAGACUCAGACAGCACCACCUACCUCAGUGCCUCCGGGGACCGGUGCAGCUCCCAUCCCUCCAACUACUCCACCAUCGGACAAGCCUGCUGCGGCAAUUCCACCUCCUCCACCUCCACCUCCACCCAGGCGAAGGUCUCGAUGGAUUCGAAAUACCGUUUCGUUCCUGAUCCUGGCAAGUGCUCUGGGUUUCGCAGGCGGGACCUUCUAUUCUUUACGCUCAGACAACUUUCAUGACUUCUUCACCGAGUACAUCCCAUUCGGAGAAGACGCGGUGCUCUAUUUUGAAGAAAGAGAAUUCCGCAGACGGUUCCCAAAACUCACGAAUCCUACCAAUCGUCCAUUCCCCGACUCUGGCAAUAAGAUCACGAUACCGAGCAAAAGUGGGGUAUCCUGGAAAGUUGCUGGUGAGGAACAUCAGGGAACCGAUUUGCAGACGAAAGGCCGCCAUAUGAGCGCUUUGGAUGCGAAUCAAGGUGAGGUCAAGAUAGGGGUUGCCGGACAGACACCCUCUACUGCUACAGGACCUGAGAAGAACAAGGCAGUUGAAAAGGCGAAGAAUGAUGCAGGAUCGGCUCCGAAGACUCCUCCUCCAAGUGAAAAGGCGAAAGCCGAAAAAGCUCCUGCCAAAGCACCACCGCCAACCACAGAACCAAAGCCGCCCGCGCCUGUUCCGCCUCCUCCAAAACCCUCAGAAAGCUCUAAAGAUGCAUCCAAAAGACCACCAGAGGUAAAUGAGCCUAGCAGGUUCAUGCCGAUGGAGAGCAUCGAUCCACUUAAGAUCAAAAACGCCGAUGAGCCCAUAGUGCAGGAUCUAGUGAAGAUCAUCAACGAUAUCAUUACCGUAGUAAAUGCCGAUGGCGCCUCACACAAAUACAAUUCCACAAUUGGCAAAGCAAAAACGGCUCUUGCAAGUGUUGGUGGUCGUAUAAUGUCUCUAAAGGAAGCCGUCAGGAAGUCUGCAGAAGAGAAAAUCAGAUCCACCCAAACGGAGUUUGACACUGCAGCCAAAGAGCUCGUACGCCGCCUCGAAGAGGAAAUGAGGGAUCAAGAUGGCAAAUGGAAAGACGAAUUCGAAUCGGAGCGGGAAAAAAUAGUCCAAUCCUACCAAGAGCGUCUGCAUAAUGAAAGCCAACGAGCUCAACAACUUUCCGAGCAGCGCCUCCGCAAUGAACUCCUCCAGCAAGCUGUUGCCAUGAAAAAGCAAUUUAUCAACGAAGUCACCGAUCGCGUUGAAACCGAACGGAACGGUCGCCUCUCCAAACUAUCUGACCUCUCAUCUAGCGUAACCAAGCUCGAAAAGCUGACCGCGGACUGGAAUUCGGUCAUUGAUGCGAACCUCAAGACCCAACACUUGCAAGUCGCCGUCGAAGCCGUGCGCUCUAGUCUUGAGACCGCUGAUCGUCCUCGCCCGCUCGUUCGUGAGCUUGCCGCCCUUAAAGAGAUCGCCUCCGAUGACGCCGUCGUUAACGCAGCCAUCGCUUCCAUAAACCCAACAGCCUACCAACGCGGGGUUCCAACUACCGCCCAACUCAUCGACCGUUUCCGCCGCGUCGCCGCCGAAGUCCGGAAAGCAUCUCUCCUACCUGAAGAUGCCGGCGUAGCUAGCCAUGCAGCUAGCUUCGUGCUGAGUAAAUUCAUGUUCAAAAAGACGGGUAUGACGGUCGGCGAUGACGUAGAAAGUAUCCUUACGAGAACGGAAACGCUGCUGGAAGAGGGGAAUCUAGAUGAGGCGGCUAGAGAGAUGAAUACGCUGGAUGGAUGGGCGAAGACGCUGAGCUGGGACUGGUUGAGUGAGUGUAGGAGGGUGCUGGAGGUGAGGCAGGCGAUGGAUGUGAUUUCUACCGAGGCGAGGUUAGAGGGGCUGAAGGUUGAUUAG